UUCUUCACCGCGGGCAAGCCUCAUGGCCUCCACGCUCCCCGACACAACGAAGAGCCUCGGCGUCCACACCGCGGUGGAGGAUGGGAGCGGCGGUGGCAAGAAGCCCAUUAGGUGGCCGGGGUUCGUCCACUUCUUCUUCCUCCUUUCCGUCGUCAUGUGCGCGCUCGUCUACGCCCCGCGGUUCCUGGCGCCUUCUUUGACUUCCGUCGCCGGCGUCGACUUCUUCAAGCCGCGGCCGUCGCCGUUGGCUAGAGUAGCAGAAGAACAGGUACGAGGCGUCGGCGGUGGCGGCGCCAAUGGGGUGGAAGACGCGCUGGUUCUCGACAAUCAGGUGAAUUCCCCGUGCGCGUCGAUGCCCAGCCAUGGCAUCUGCUGCGACCGCUCCGACUUCAACACCGACGUCUGCUUCAUGUCCGGCGACGUGCGCACGGACGCCGCCUCCCUCUCGUUCCUGCUCUUCCCGCCGCCGCACGCCACGCCCAACGCCAGCGUGCACGACAAGGAGGAGCGGAUCCGGCCCUACACGCGCAAGUGGGAGCGGCACCUGAUGGAGAGGAUCCACGAGGUGCGGCUCCGUCCCGCCCGGCCAGAGGAGGCGGUAUCGUCCGGGAAGCACCGGUGCGACGUGGUCCACGACGCGCCGGCGCUGGUGAUGACGGCGGGCGGGUACACGGGCAACCUGUUCCACGCCUUCAACGACGCGUUCCUGCCGGCGUGGCUCACGGUGCAGCACCUCCGCCGCCGCGUCGUGUUCGUCGUCCUCGCGUACAACCCGUGGUGGGCCGGCACGUUCCGGGAGCUCGUUUCCGGCCUCUCGGACCACCACGUCAUCGACAUCCUCCACGACAAGCGGACGCACUGCUUCCCAGCUGGUGCGAUCGUUGGGACACGCUUCCACGGCGUCCUCGCCGUCGACCCCGCGAGGACACGGGACAACCGGACACUCGUCGACUUCCACAACUUCCUCGCCAACGCCUACAGCGAGGACGUCACCACGAAGGGCAACACGCCGCCUCAACAAGAGCAGCAACAGGCGGCGCGGCGUCCAAGGCUUGGGAUCUUCUCGCGCAAGGGUACGCGCGUGAUCGAGAACGAGGCCGCCGUGGCGCGGCUCGGGACGUCGGUGGGGUACGACGUGUCGAUCCUCGAGACGGCGAACGGCGCACCGUUGUCGUCGGAGUACGCGGCGGUGAGCACGUGCGACGUGCUGGCCGGCGUACAUGGCGCCGACCUGACCAAGCUCCUGUUCCUCCGCCCGGGCAGAGCUGCGCUCCUCCAGGUGGCCCCGCUCGGCGUGCAGCCGAUCGCACGGGGUUGCUACGCGGCGGCGUGCGGCAUGAUGGAGGUCCACUACGAGCAGUACGACGUGGUGGCGAACGAGAGCUCGUUGAGCCGGAGGUACGCCGCCGACGACGUGGUGGUGGCCGAUCCGGAGAGGGCGAAGCAAGGUAAAGGAUGGGACCUCGUGAAACAGAUCUACCUCAGCGGCCAGAACGUGAGCCUGGAUUUGGACAGGUUCGGAGACGCGCUGAGGAAGUUGCACGCCCGCGCCCUCAGGCUGCCGGUGGCGCCGUAGAUGACGUGCAUGCCGACGAAUUUGCCGACGAGCUGCAACUUGUUGUAUAUCCGACGGCCGCGGCCCGAGCCCUACGAGACAAGGUGAUGGUCUGCAACCA